AUGUUUUGGCUGGAAACAUGCCGUCUUCGCGAGCGGUACGGUGAGCGGCCAGACGGCAGGCCUUGGUGGUUGCACAAUAAAAAGUGCGGUGGGCGCGUGGAAACUGCACCGCCCGUUAACGGAAGUCUUCACAUGCUGCCACCCAACCACGCAACGUGUUUGGUGAACUUCCAGCGGAGGGGUGGGAAGGGGUGCGUGCUGCUCGGCCCAGUUGCCGUCGCCCUACUCGCCACACCAUCAUGUUGCGCCUCUGCCGCAAGGCGACCGAAGCUAGCCCUCCAAUAUCCAUUUUGUCACUUCCCCGCCCAAUACUUUGUCGGUGAUCAGGCACCUACCCCGACCGAAUUGUUUUCAAAUGCCUUCUUUAUGCCGGCGUAUUCACCCAGGGGGAUGCCCACCGGGGAAGUGGUGUUGCCCAGCCACCUGGUAGCUGUUUGGGGCGAAACACCAGGGGGCUGUGGCUACCUUCCCUGUUGGCAGUUCACCUUUACAAACCGAAGCCCCAUAGGAGGAUGCAUGUAA